UAUUAUUUUGCGCCUGCGCUCUUGAUGGUCUACGCGACGUACCUAAAAUCAUUUUGUGGAAAAUUUGAAGUUUGUUGUUAUUUGUGACAACUUAUAAUUCAUAAUUAUUUAUGAAAGCUCCGUGCUAAUUACCAUUCCAGGCGCGGGGCAAGAUUUCACUGUGGUGGUUAGCCUGGAUGCGUUCCGUCACUAUACUUCGAGCGGUGUACGGUAGCCAUCUUGGAAUCGAACAAAGCUUCAGAUGUGUAGUUUGUCUGUUUAUCAAUAAUUUUUGUGCAUUUUCUUGUAAAUAGUUUGUAUGUUUAGGAUAUGUACGGAACGUUCGUCCAUAUGUGUAAAUAGCUAUGGCUGCGACAAGGAAAUUACAAGGUGAAAUAGACAGGUGUUUAAAAAAGGUAACAGAAGGAGUCGAGACAUUUGAUGACAUCUGGCAGAAGGUUCACAAUGCGACGAACAGUAACCAAAAGGAGAAGUAUGAAGCAGACCUCAAGAAGGAGAUCAAGAAGCUUCAGAGGCUACGGGAUCAGAUCAAGUCGUGGAUCGCCUCCGGGGAGAUUAAGGAUAAGAGUACACUUUUAGAAUAUAGGAAACUAAUAGAAACACAAAUGGAAAGGUUUAAAGUAGUAGAGCGAGAGACGAAAACGAAGGCGUAUUCCAAGGAAGGGCUGGGUGCGGCGCAAAAGCUGGACCCUGCGCAGAAGGAGCGGGAGGAAAUGUCUUCGUGGCUCGUCUCAUCCAUCGACGCACUUAAUUUACAAGUUGAUCAAUUUGAGUCUGAAAUAGAGUCACUGCUAGUGGGUAAGAAGAAACGGUUGGACAAAGAGAAACAGGAUCGAAUGGAGGAGCUGAAACUGAAGCUGGAGAAGCACAGGUUCCAUAUAAAGAAGCUAGAGACACUCCUCAGAAUGCUUGACAACAUGUCCGUUGAAGUAGAACAGGUGCAUGUUAUAUUGCAGAUAAAAAGGAUAAAGGACGACGUGGAAUACUACAUUGACUCGUCGCUGGAGCCGGGCUUCGAGGAGAACGAGUACAUAUACGACGACAUCCGCGGCCUCGACGACAUCGAGCUCAGCGGCGUCGGCCUGCCCUCCUCCGCCACCACCGACAGCAAUAACAGCAACGACUCCGCAGGAUCUCCCACUAGCAUGCUCUCAGGUACAAGUCCAGUAACAUCACCAACGUUAGAGGUACACAAUCACUCAACAGAUUCCAUAGACGUCGAAAAAAAGAAAAAAGAAGAGAUCAUAACCAAAGUGUGCGAUUUGUCUUUUUCGCCGACAAUACAUUCAAACUUGCCGGUAAAACCGCUGCCGCUGCGCGCGGGUAACGCGGGCGCGGUCAGUAACAGCACGUGUAACGUUAGUUCCUUGCUCAAUAACUCCGCAGCAUCCACCAAUAGUAUAAGCAACAGCACGGGCGGCGCGACGGGCGCGGCGGCGGCGGGCGCGGGCGCGGGCCCGGCCGCGUCCAGCUGCAGCACGCCCAGCAAGGCGCCGCCCAGCUCGCCGCCGCACCACCACACGAGGCACGCCACCACCAACUGCGCCAACACCUCCACAGAAGUAGUGGAGAAUGGUCCGGUGUCGACAACCCCCGCGCACACAGCGACACACCUACCGGCAGCAGCGCCCACGCAACCACCGCCUACGUCAAAGAGUUCGUCAGUGCCGCUACUUGGUUCAAGUGCGAGUGCGAGCGAAACGGCGCCGUCGCCCCUCACCGUCAACGGGCCUAGCCAACCGGCGCAUCAUACGCCGCAACAUGUUGCUAACAAUGGUAGAGUGAGUGAAGCGUCGAGUACAGGCGGGCGUGGCAGUAGCGCGGGCGCGGCCACGGCCUCGCUGAAGAGCAUGGCGCAGGAAGCCGUGCAGCGCGCCGGACUCGACCAGCAUCACCCACAGAACCUAAGACGAGGGGCACCCCUAGCGCAAGCGCACAUUCCUCCGUUACUGGGCGUAGCACCGCUAGGCCCACUACCACUCAACUCUGAACACCAGCUACAGUUCCAAAUGUUGGAAUCAUCGUUCUACCACAUGCCGCACCCGUCCGAUUCGGAAAGAACGAGGGUAUAUUUACCGAGAAAUAUAUGCCCCACGCCGAUAUACUACAACCAGGUGCUGCUUCCCCACUCGGACUCCGUGGAGUUCUUCCAGCGACUGUCGACGGAGACGUUGUUCUUCGUGUUCUACUACAUGGAGGGCACGAAGGCGCAGUACCUCGCCGCCAAAGCGCUCAAGAAGCAAAGUUGGCGGUUCCACACCAAGUACAUGAUGUGGUUCCAGAGGCACGAAGAGCCCAAGGUCAUCAAUGAGGAGUACGAACAGGGCACAUAUAUCUAUUUUGACUAUGAGAAGUGGGGCCAGCGCAAGAAGGAGGGCUUCACGUUCGAGUAUAAGUACUUAGAGGACCGUGACUUGAACUGAGCGUGACAGUGUACAGCCGUGCCGCCGCCGCGCCGGGCCCCGCCGCGCCGCCAUUCCUGAAGCAGUAUUGUUCCCAGUACCGCGGGUACUGCGCCCCGUCGCCGGCUCGCUCGCGAGGCCGUGUCCCCGUACACUACAGAUCUGAAUACCUGAGCCUGAGUGUGACUCGAUGCAUGAAGUGAAUGCCGUGUGCUCUGCGACGUAUGGAGUGUGUGAGAUAUACCGUAGUGUACCAGUGCACCGUGGACACCGUCACCCUGCGACCACUCGGGGCACGGGCCUCGCGGGCGGACCGUCGACUGCGCCGCGUGCGCUAACUAAACUCUUACAAAAUAGUGUAUUUGAACAUAUUCUGGCAGUUUGUAACAUGGAAUAAGUUGUGAGGAUUGCAAGUCAGUUAGUAUUGAUGCCGAAGUGUUUGUAAACUGUACACAAGAACGAACAAGCGAAAGAUAACGUGAAGAUUAGUUUCAGCCAUACAGGUUGUAAGUAGCGAAACAUGUGAUAUUGUUAUAGGCGCCCGGGACGGCGUCGACCCGCGCGACCGCACUCGGGGCCGCUGUACCGGCGGGCCGCUCACUGCGCAACCCCUUACAUUCGGUUCCACGGAGUAUAGUGUAGUCUUGUGUUUUAUGUCCUUGCGCAGUGACCGGUCUGACACUGGCCACCGAUGACCGAAAGAUGGAAAUCUCCAUAAAACGGCUAACGCACAUUAUAAUUGUAGUACUUUUAUUGGAGCAUUUUAGGAGCGUAUGGCUUUAAUAUAUAAUUUAAUAAAAAUUAGCAGACGUAUUAGUACGGACUGGUGAGAUUUGUUAAAGGAAAGAAGUUCGAGGUCGUCCCGGGUCAUUUGUUUUUUAACUUGUGUAUAGACAUUGGAAUAGUUUGAAAUUAUUUUAAGUGCCGGGGCGUGCGCACCACGCCCGCUGUAUUUGUGAUCUUAAUUUUUGUAGACUGACUAGUUUUCUUAUAAUUGUGAUCAACGCUGGCCGGGGCCAGGGUUCAGUGGACGGGCAUCAAACCGUGCGCGGGCGUAGUGCGCAGGGCCCUGGAUACCUAAAUAUAACUACAAUAAGGACCUCCAGUGUGAUUUCAUUAGUUUGCUAAGUAAUACACUUUUUCACCUCUAAAUAUGUAUAUUUUAGUUAGUGCAUUUAAAUUUGAACAAAAGUUAAAUUAUGUAAGAGCAUGCAUGUCACACUGCCAAUGUAUUAUAUUAUUGGAUAGUUAUACGGUAUAUAUAUAUUUAUAUAAAUUGUACUUAUUUAUUGUUUGUGAUAAAUUUACGUGAUGCACCGGCACCGCUUUGUAUCGAGGUGAAAGAGUAUAUUAUCGAAGGUAACGUGAACGCGAGCGCAAUAGUGCUACUGCCAGAUAGUGAGUCAGCAACGUCUUGUUUCCAUUGUCCAUGAGAGCAUAGAAGUAAUUUUGUAUUGAAUGAAGUAGUUGCACCCGCGUCGCGCAGCUCAAGUAGAUCGGCCGCGGCCGGUGGCUAGGGAAGCGGUAGGUAAGCGGUAACUGCGCGCGAUCUCGUUUAUUACGUGCGUAAUGUUGAUAGUUUUCACUUUUGUAAAAAGUCUAUCGUGAGAGCAGAUGAGAUGUGGUAAAUAAUUUAAAAAAUUAUCUGUACAGUUCUAUUUGUAUAGAAAUAAUAAAUAACGAUUAAAAAAAUUAAAAACAACGUUGUGAUUUCUUCCUAAACGCUUAGUUUUAAGUGCGUCGG